AUGGCAACCAGACUGACUUGGAAACCAGUUUCCCCAGAAGCUACAGCACAACUUGUCUCAUCUGGGCCAUCGACACGGACAGCAAGGAGUACUCGUACUAUGAAAAAGGAUCCCGUCAUUACCACCCGAACAAUUCUGUGUGACCGGAUACGAUGGAAUGUAAAUGCAGAACAAGGCCGAUGGGAGCAAUCCCCAUGGAUGGAUUACUGGGACGCGAGUCGCGAAUGGCCUGACGGCUUCUUGCAGCUAGAUGCAGAGAUCCGCGCACUUGAGGAAUACUUGUUACCAACACCUCCUGAACAGGAUAGGGUAAAUCAUAUAGUUACUCAAGUUACAAACAUGCUGCGAGAUGUUAUACCUCAUACGCCGCAGGUCAUCGGCUCUCGGCGAACCGGGUUUGCGAUGAGCCAUUCAGACUUGGACUUCAUCUUGCCUGUGCCGGAUCCGGCCCGAUCGAUCGACAGGGUCCGAAGGCCAAGUCCUACACGGCCACAGAUUCUCAGUCUCCAUAGUGAUCUAUUAUCUCGGGUGGAAUAUACCCUUCAGCAUUGCUCGUCGUUUAGCGGCCGGAUUAAGUUGAACGGCAAAUGGAAUUCAAUUCUGACCGCUGUUCACCAUGAGACCGGUAUGCGAGUGCAGUUUCACUGUGGUGAAGGCUUGCCCUCCUCUGUUGAGUAUAUAUGCGACUAUCAUGCUGAAUAUCCUGCGAUUCGGCCGCUAUACAUGGUCAUCCGUCUGAUAUUGGAGGCGCAAGAGUUGUUUGGUAGCCAUAACUCAUCCAUUGAGCCUGAUACUCUUGUGAUGCUUCUUGUGGCAUUUCUUAAAAUGAAUCAUGGCCGAUUCCAAGAGUCAAGAAGCUUGGGAGAACAGCUCCUUGCUGUUUUAAAGGUAUACGGCUCUGAGGUUGAUCUACGAAGUACCUGUGUUUCCGUGGACCCGCCAAGCUUCUUUGAUGCAAGUACUGUGAAAGACACAAUAAAAAAAUAUGAUGCAGAGGAUUUGCCAGCCCACCUCCGCGGCCAACGUGCACUUGUAAAUCGGAAGAAAACGGCUGCUAUCAAGCGAAAUAUACCGGCAGCCUCGAGGCUAUGCCUUCAAGAUCCCGCCAAUUAUAUGAAUGAUCUCGGCCGCACAUGUCGCACUUCUGAACUCCAGGGCGUUUUGGCGCGCGCACAUUAUCGCCUUAGCGCAUGUCUGGGUGCAAGGGAACGGCGUAAACAUGGUGGUUUCAAAAACAGCCUCCUGGCCUCUGUUCUACAAGCGAAUUUCGAUGACUUUCACAAGGUGCGAGCACAGAUGACCUAG